AUGGAGAGCGACGAAGUUAAAGCGAUUAAUUAUGGAGUGCAUGUUGAAAGUUAUGGCUCUCGGCAUGUGGGAAGAAAUGUAGAAAUUGUUAGUGAGGAUAUGAUAAUGAAGAAGAAAACAAUGCUCAAAGGCAAGAGCAUGCAAAGCCAAUAUAGUGAGGCAAAGAAGAAGGCCAAGAGUGCAUUCAUGCAUGGUGAUUUGAUGGAAGAUGUCAAUGUAAAUCAACCACUUGGCUAUGAGAAGGGAGGAAGAGAUAAUGUCUACAAGCUGAGAAAGGAACUUUAUGGCCUUAGGCAGGCUCUAAGGGUCUGGUUGAACAAGAGUGAAAAUGAAAAGCCAGUUGAUAACAUAAGCUAUAAGCAGAUAGUGGGAAGCUCUAUGUAUUUUCUUGCAACCAGGCUUGACUUUGCGUAUUCAGUAUGCUUGGUAGCUAGAUACAUGGAGAGACCAACUGAAAUUCACCUGGUAACUACAAAAGUAAUCUUAAGGUAUCUAAAAGGAACUAUGAACCCAAGUGUUUUGUACAAGAUGAAUGAUGAGAUGAUCUUGCAAGGAUGGUCAGACUCUGAUUAUGCAGGAGAUAAUGAUGAUAGAAAAAGCACUAUCGAGUAUGUUUUCAAGCUUGGGUCAGGUCUGUAA